CACGGACGGUAUUUUUGAAGAACGUGGGUCUUGUUGUGCUUUCAACGUGGGUUUUGACCUGGCAAGAUUUCCUGUGCAAAAGAAUUGCUCGUAUUAUGUGUAAAAAGAUUUCUUGGCCUCUUUAAUCAUGCAGGUGUCUAGUGUAAAUAAUAUAAAGAUAUAUAAUCUGAGCCAUGGCAAGUCACUGCCAGAGUGGUUAUCAGACAGAAAGAAGAGAGCUUUACAGAAGAGAGAUGUCGAUAUUCAGAGAAGGAUUGAACUCAUUCAGGAUUUUGAGAUGCCCACUGUGUGCACCUCUCUCAAAGUGUCACGUGACGGGCAGUAUAUUUUAGCUGCAGGCACAUACAAACCAAGGAUCCGGUGCUAUGACACGUAUCAGCUGUCUCUGAAAUUUGAAAGGUGUCUGGAUUCUGAUGUGGUGACAUUUGACAUCCUGUCUGAUGAUUACUCCAAGCUGGUGUUUCUACAUAUCGAUCGAUAUGUGGAGUUUCAUUCUCAACACGGUCACUACUACAAGACACGCAUCCCCAAGUUUGGUCGAGAUUUCUCCUACCACUACCCAUCCUGUGAUUUGUACUUUGUAGGCGCCAGUUCAGAGAUCUACCGUCUGAACCUCGAACAGGGCAGAUUCCUCAACUCGCUGCAGACAGAUGCCACGGAGAUCAAUGUAUGCAACAUCAACCCCGUUCAUCAUUUAUUCGCUGCUGGGACUCUCGAGGGGAAAGUGGAAUGCUGGGACCCACGUGUGCGCAGUCGAGUGGCCAUCCUGGACUGUGCUCUCAGCAGCGUGACAGAGGGAACCGAAGUGGAGAGCUUGCCAUCUAUUAGUGCACUCAAGUUUGAUGGCUCCCUGGGUAUGGCUGUGGGCACGUCUACAGGACAGGUUUUGUUGUAUGACCUUCGUUCCUCUCGUCCCCUGCUUGUGAAAGACCAUUAUUACGGCCUGCCCAUCCACUCCCUCCAUUUCCAUAAGCAGAUGGAUCUGGUGAUUUCUGCAGACUCAAAGAUCAUCAAGAUGUGGCACAGAGACAAUGGUAAGGUGUUUUCCUCCAUCGAGCCACCGGCCAACAUCAACGAUGUGUGUGUUUACCCUGAAUCAGGUAUGCUCUUCACUGCUAAUGAAGACCCAAAAAUGAAUACUUUCUACAUUCCUGCCCUGGGUCCUGCACCUCGUUGGUGCUCCUUCCUAGAUAACCUGACAGAGGAACUGGAGGAGAACCCAGAGAGUACAGUCUACGAUGACUACAAGUUUGUUACACGAAAAGACCUGGACAAUCUUGGUCUAACACACCUGAUCGGCUCACCACUGCUGAGGGCGUACAUGCACGGCUUCUUCAUGGACAUCAGACUCUACCACAAGGUUAAAACUAUGGCGAAUCCGUUUGCCUAUGAGGAAUAUCGCAAGGACAAAAUACGGCAGAAAAUCGAAGAGUCCAGAGUCCAGAGAGUACAGCUGAAGAAUCUGCCAAAGGUGAACAAAGAAUUAGCAAUGAAGCUAAUGGAGGCUGGGGAGGACAUAGUUUCCCGAAAAGCCAAAAAGAAGGCCAAGGGCACCACCAGCAUUCUGACUGAUGACCGUUUCAAGAUGAUGUUUGAAAAUCCAGAUUACCAAGUGGAUGAGCGGAGCGAGGAAUACCGCUUGCUCAAUCCCAUCGUGUCCAAAGUGGGCCAGCGAAGGAAGGAGAGGCUACAGCAGUUAACUGAGCAAGAGGCCAAUGAGAAGUCGGAUGAUGAGGAAGAAGAGCUGGAGGGACGACCCAGCUCCGAGGAAGAGGAGAGCUCAGAUGACGAUAAGAGCUGGGUGGAGGAGGUGAGGGAGCAGCGGCGUCUCAUACGAGCAGAGCAGAGAGAACUCCAGUUUAAAGAGCGAAGAGAGCAGGACCGCAACACCAGCCUGCAAAGUUCAGAUCCAGUCAGAAAGUCUCAACAGAGCCAGGCUCAGGGCCAGAGCCAGCCACGCUUCUACCAGAUCAAAGCCGGAGAGGAGUUCCACAGCUUCGGGGACGUGGCACGCAAACAGAAGAUGCAAAAGACCUCUCUUGAGGAGCGUCUGAAAUUGGAGGAAAGCUCAGGAUCCCUGAACCUCGCCGACACUGCAGUUGGAAGCAAGCAGCUGACCUUCACUCUUAAAAAGACUGAGAAGCAGCGGAGUCAGCAGCGGGCUGAACGGGAGCACCAUGAGGAGAGAAGGAAGAUCAGGAGAGCCGCUGGUCACCUUUACACACGAGGAAGAGGCAGAGGACGAGGCAGAGGGCGAGGCAGGGGCCGAUUCUAAACACUGCCUCCAAACCCCUGCAGUAGUCACUUGUGUGUAUUUAGGUUUUAAAUGAGGCCUCGAAAGAACUUUGUCCUACUGGUACAGGGACAGGCAAGUGUACAGCAAACCUUCUUUUAAUGUGGGCUUCACAGAAUGACUGAAUGCAAAAAAGAAAAAAAAACAUGUGGCCAGAACAGGCACUGGGAGAAGCUGGGGAUAAUUCUUUUUAAUGGUUGGGUGUGGGUGGGUGUGUGUGUGUCUGUGUCUGUACAUACAUCUGUACAUGUGUGUAAACCCUUCUCUUUGCUACACUUCCCUAUUUUUCCCCACAGUGUAUAAUCAAAAUGGAUCUGAAUCAACUGAACAUUGUUAAAGAAGCCUUUUAUCUACA